AGAGGAAUACAUAAAUAGUGUUUUGCAUGGAAGUGAGAGACAUUGUGUGAAUCAACUUAGGAUGAAGCCUAUAGCUUUCCACCACUUAUGUCACAUCCUCACUGAGGGGGAGCACUUACGUCCGACUGUUCACAUGUCUGUUACGGAGCAAGUGUUCAUUUUCUUGCACAUUAUUGGUCAUAAUGUGAGGUUUCGUGUAAUGGGUAGUCGGAUCUAUAGAUCAACUGAGACUGUUCAUAGAUACUUCAAGAUUGUCCUUAGGGGGGUCCUGAAAUUAUAUAGAGCUCUAAUAAGACUGCGUAGCGAAGAUACACCUCCAGAGAUAAGGAAUAGCAGAAGGUUUUACCCAUAUUUUAAGGAUUGUGUUGGAGCAAUAGAUGGUACACAUGUUCGUGCAUCUGUGCCACCUGAAAUACAAGGAAGAUUUCGUGGUCGCAAAGAUGGAACCACGCAAAAUGUGUUAGCUGCCAUUAGUUUUGACUUAAAGUUCACCUAUGUGUUGGUUGGAUGGGAAGGCAGUGCACAUGAUUCACGUGUAUUAAAUGAUGCAUUUGCUAGGCCAGGGGGAUUUUCAAUUCCCAAUGGUAUUACACGAUUACUUCACCCUUUUGGUUUGUUAGUUUAAUAAAUAUUAUGUGUUUUCCUAAACAUAGUAGUGAUUUGGUUUUUUUUUUUUUAA